AUGCUCGUGUUGCAAAGACGACAGAGGAUCCAUCAUGUGAAGGGACGCCGACCGCGGGCGGCGGCGACACCAUGCGCCAACUAGAGAGCGAUACGGGUGACUGGUUGGUAUUUUUGGAACUUGCCACUACAAACCUGGCGCCGCUCGCAAGCUGCCGUGGCCCGAGGAACGAGCUUUAUCAUCUAUUUUCAGGUCGAUCGACAUGAUGAGUGCCGUGGCUCCACGUGAAGUGCUUGAAGCAGGUGCCCUAGCGAAGGACCAGGACGAGUCGGACGACGCAGCCACUGUCGACAUUGACCUCAAGGACGACGUUCCCCGACACAACAACAACGCGAGCAGCAACAGCAGUGGCGGCUUCACCGGGUUUUCUCGCAGCACGUUUAGUUUUUCCAAGCUGCAGCCGAUGACGAGUGUGACAGCGUAUUGGACGCGGCUUAAAGACGCCGUGCAGGACUCGCAGAUUCCCGUGCGAACAGCUUUCGCUGCGAUUUUGCUGCUUCUCGUUGGCAUCGUGCUUCUAAUUCUCGGGUUGGCGUCAGCAGUCGAAGGCGGUGGGCUGUCGCACUUGUUCCUGGGCGUUAUAGCCUUCAUCCCCGGCAGCUAUGCAACGUUCCAGCUCUAUGGCGCGUACCAGGGCUGGCGCGGCUAUGCCUUCCAUAACCUUCCAUCUUACGAGAUUGCGUAGUCGAACGUGGCGCAAUAUAAUUGACGGAUCGCUCCGACAAAUUAUGAACAUGAUGCCAGGACAAAGGGAGAAGUGCGGCACGUGCGAUCAUAGAAGAGAGGGUACAAGGUCGAGUGGCAACCACUGAAUCCUUUGUUGCUGGGCACUUAGCUGCCUGAACUUCGCGAGCAGGCAUGCAGCUUGGCUCGCAGAUUCUUGAGCUCCUGGUCGAGCCGGGAACUGCUGGAG